AUGGCCUCUACCCGCAACUUUACACCCUCAGUCAUCCACCUGGCCUCUACCUUAAACCAGUUCCACUCAUCCACUUGGCCUCUACCCGCAACCUUACACCCACAGUCAUGCACCAAGUCCUCUACCCACAACCUUACACCCACAGUCAUCCACUUAGCCUCUACCCACAACCUUGCACCCACAGUCAUCCACCUGGCCUCUAUCCUAAACCUUACAACCACAAUCAUCCACCUGGCCUCUACCCACAACCUUGCACCCACAGUCAUGCACCAAGUCCUCUACCGGCAACCUUACACUCACAGUCAUCCACCUCGCCUCCACCCUAAACCUUACACCACAAUCAUCCACCUGACCUCUACCCUAAACCUUACACCCACAGUCAUCCACUUGGCCUCUACCUUUGUGCACCAAGUCCUCUACCUGCCACCUUACACCCACAGUCAUCCACCUGGCCUCUACCCUAAACCUUACACCCACAGUCAUCCACCUGGUCUCUACCCACAACUUUUCACCCACAGAAAUCCAUUUGGCCACUACCUUCAACCUUACACCCACAGUCAUGCACCAAGUCCUCAACCCGCAACCUUACACCCACAGUCAUCCACUUGGCCUCUACCCGCAACCUUACACCCACAGCCAUCCGCUUGGUCUCUACCCUAA